AUGGGCGGGUGGGUGGGUGGAGUGAGGACACGGGCGUGGGUGGGUGGAGUAGUGGGGUACGUGGGCACCAGUUGUGGAUGCCUGGGCAGUCCUCAAGUCGCUGUCUCACUGGGAACAAGCCUUAUGGAGUUGAUGGCAAGGGCGGUUCUCCUGCUCCUCCUUCUGCCACUCCUGCAGGGGACGCUGGCCAUCCCCACUGCCACACAGAAGCAGGAAGCCCAGGUGACGGGAGGAGGAGGAGGAGGAGGAGGAGGAGGAGGAGGAGGAGGACAACUAGCGGCGGGAUGGAGUGGUGAUCGACCCGUCAGGAAGGUCUUCGCUCCAGCGCCCACUUCCCCACCACCACCACCACCACCACUACCUGAGCUUCCCACCCCCGUCAACCCCUCACCACUCCCUCUUCCCCCGCCGGCAGUCCACGCCGGCAGGACAAAACACAGCAUCACCUACCACUCUCGACGCCUUCAUGCUCCAUCACCGCCAAAUGACAAAACUCACCGCGGGAGGAAAUUCAGACUCACCCACACACGCACCCCCCACCAGACUAAGUCCCUCAGAAGAUCCCGCACCAGACCGACAGCUGAAAGAAAAGCGAAAAGUAACAGGAGGCACAAGAAGGAAAGAAGAAAGAAGAUAGUCUCCGCCGCGCGGCCCGCUGGAGUGGGUGACACGGCUAGAGCCUCUUAUGUCAUCAGCGAUGUCACAGACGCAAACAAGCAAAAGCAGCAGCAGGAGGCGCCUCUCUUGUCUUCACCUGCCAGACCUAAUGACUACAGCCAGACUCCACGGGAUUACGGUAACUCUGAUAGCCGUCCUGGGGAGGUUGUGUCAGGAGAAGCCGUACGUCCCCUCAACCGGGCUGCUCUGAAGAGCCUGACCUCGAGACACAAUGGCAUAAUUGAUUCUGACACAAUUGUGAAGGACGGACAGAUAUUCCACAGACACGAUGCCAGGGAGGACAGGGGGGAAAAAAGCAGGGGCCAAAGUCGGCGCCGACAUGCCAGGCGAGGAGACCAGCUGCCCAUAUUCGAUGAGGCUUUUCAGCGGGACGUGGGGCACAGAGGAAUAGUUGAUCCCAUAAGCUAUUUCACGGCAGAGGCCCUGAACAGAGGUGGACACAGCCAGACUCGAGUGGCGGGCAACAUGCGCGGCGUGGACGGAUCAGCUGUGACCCUGAGUAGAGGCAAGGUGACCCAGGCUGCGGUCAUUCUUGGAGACAACUCUUCCUCCAAAGCACAAGUCACAGACCACCAUGGAGCAAAUGAUCCCAUUCUCGCCUCUACUGUGGGUGCUGACCAGCGGAGCGGCUCAGCUGAUGCCCGAGCCAGAGCUCCCGACGCCGCCACAACCCACGCACAGAUCGAGUUUACUCCCACUUCUCACUAUCAGACGGAGCUCGGUGAGCACGGUACUGCCUCGGCUCUCUCCACCCCUGAUGGGGAGUCUACUCUUGCCACUCUGGGCGGCCAGGCCAAGCGCGGCUCAUAUCUAGGCACAGCACACUCUAGUACCAUGCAGGAGCCUCACUCAGCCAACCACGACCAAACCCAACCCUCUUUCGAAAACGAAGGGACGCAGGAACAGAAUGCCAAGAAUAAGAGUCACGUGCUAAUGGAUAUGUCAGACAUGGUGGACAGCAUCAUAGAGACAGUGCACCAGCCAUACCUGCCGCAGGAAGCAACCCAUCUCCCACCAGAUCCGCACCGUACCCGACCAGAAACCAAGGCGGUGCCAGCCAAGGAAGGCUUGGUGGGCGGCAACGGAGACCCUCCUAGGGAGAGCGAAAUUGGCCGCGUGGCUCAACAAGAGUACCAGGAGCAGGAGCGUGGCGGAAGGCAGGUGGCCCCUCAGGCAGCAGGCCAGGUGGACAGUGCUACUUACUACCAUGGGCAACGAGGGGCGCCUCCUGAAGGCAGUGACUGGAAUGCACUGGCUGAGGGCUACAGGUAUGACCCAUCCACGUAUUACAAUUUUGACUACCCAACUGACUAUCGCACAACAAUCGACUAUGACUCCCCGUACCUGGACCUGGAACCAAAGGUCUUUCACGUGCAGCCUCUGGAGCUGGACCUCAACACUCUGUACCCCACGCCAGCCCCGCCCCCGCCCCUGCCGCACCCCCACCUAGACCAGACAGAGGGCCACUCCCCAGCUGUUGUCCACCACCUGCAGACCACAACUCCCGCCCUGCCACCACACCAGCCCGUGGCAACUCCAGACCAUUCACAGACCCCAGACCAACCAAAUAUUCCAGACCAUUCCCAGACCCAUAUUCCCGACUAUUCCCAGGCCAGUAUUCCUGAUUAUUCCCACUCACCUGACUAUUCCCAGCCCAACAUUCUUGAUUAUUCCCACUCCCCAGACCAUUCCCAGCCCAGUAUUCCUGAUUAUUCCCACUCAUCUGACCAUUCCCAGCCCAAUAUUCCCGAUUAUUCCCAUUCAUCAGACCAUUCCCAGCCUGGUGUUCCUGACUAUUCCCAGCCUGAUAUUCCAGACUACUCCUACUCCCCAGACCAUUCCCAGCCCAGUAUUCCUGAUUAUUCCCAUUCAUCAGACCAUUCCCAGCCUGAUAUUCCAGAUUACUCCUACUCCCCAGACCAUUCCCAGCCCAGUAUUCCAGACUAUUCCCACUUACCAGAUUAUUCCCAGCCAAAUGUUCCAGAGUAUUCCUAUUCAUCAGACAGAUCUGAUAUUCCAGAUUAUUCCCACUCCCAAGGAAACUCCCAGCAUAUUCCAGAUUAUUCCCACUCUCCAGACCAUUUCCAGCCCAAUAUUCCUGACUAUUCUCAUUCACCAGACUAUUCCCAGCCAGACAUUCCAGAUUAUUCCCACUCAUCAGACCAUUCCCAGUCCAAUAUUCCUGACUAUUCCCACUCUCCAGAACAGCCCAAUAUUCCAGAUCAUACCCAGCCCUAUAUUCCAGAUUACUUCCUAGACCUCAAUCAAUCCCACAUUCCAGACCAUUCACAGCCCAAUAUUCCAGACCAUUCCCAGCCAAAUAUUCCAGACCAUUCCCAGCCCAGUAUUCCAGACUAUUCCCAGUCUCCAGGCCAUUCCCAGCCCAGUAUUCCAGACUAUUCCCAGUCUCCAGGCCAUUCCCAGCCCAGUAUUCCAGACUAUUCCCACUCUCCAGACCAUUCCCAGCCCAGUAUUCCAGACUAUUCUCACUCCCCAGACCAUUCCUGGCCCAGUAUUCCAGACUAUUCCCAGUCUCCAGGCCAUUCCCAGCCCAGUAUUCCAGACUAUUCCCACUCUCAAGACCAUUCCCAGCCCAGUAUUCCAGACUAUUCUCACUCCCCAGACCAUUCCCGGCCCAGUAUUCCAGAUUAUUCCCACUCCCCAGACCAUUCCCAGCCCAGUGUUCUGGACUAUUCCCAGCCUGAUAUUCCAGGUUAUUCCCACUCCCCAGACCAUUCCCAGCCCAGUAUUCCAGACUAUUCCCACCCUGAUAUUCCAGGUUAUUCCCACUCCCCAGACCAUUCCCAGCCCAGUAUUCCAGACUAUUCCCACCCUGAUGUUCCAGACUAUUCCCACUCCCCAGACCAUUCCCAGCCCAGUAUUCCAGACUACUCCCAGCCUGAUGUUCCAGACUAUUCCCACUCCCCAGACCAUUCCCAGCCCAGUAUUCCAGACUACUCCCAGCCUGAUGUUCCAGACUAUUCUCACACACCAGACCAUUCCCAGCCUGAUAUUCCUGAUUAUUCCCACUCCCCAGACCAUUCCCAGCCCAAUAUUCCAGAUUAUUCCCACUCCCCACACCAUUCCCAGCCCUCUAUCCCUGACUCCCAAACACCAAAUCAGCCCCCCACACCACACCAGUCACAAAUACCAGACCCCUCCCUGCCACACCUUCCAAAUCAGUCCAGAGGAACAGGCCAGUCUGACACACCUCCACAUGCCACCACUCCAAGAUUCCCUUACACCUCAGACCCACUGCCAGACCAUGUUAUUCCAGAUUAUUCCAGAACACCAGACCACAUUCCAGACUACCCCCUAACUCCUUAUUACCCAAGUUCAGGUCAACCUCUAACACCAGACCAUCACACUCCCUCUCAGUCCUCAGUCCAAAGUUCAUUCCCCAGUCCCCAGCAGCAUCAUGGUCCUGCCUCACUGCCCAUUCCAGACUACAGUCCAGCUCUGCCUCCACAUUCAGACCACAGAGAAACCAAUCAGCCCUCUAUUCCCAGACCCUCACAAAGCGGGGUCCUUGAAGCAGCAGGUGGGGCCAGGGACAGCAUGGGAUCAGUACAGACAAUGGCAAUGGGGGUGCCCUUGGUGCCUGGUGAACCUGGCAGUUCUCAGAUAUUGCCCAAUGGUGAAGGUGGUCCCAUACUCAAUGUCAUAACAAUGCCAGUCAACCCAGGAAUGGACACAUCAGUGAUGCAGCGGCGACCUGGGGCAGUCAUUCAGCCAGGACAGAACAUUCCAGGGGCACCUGGUUACAAAAUUCCUGCUGGGUUUAGAGGUUACAUCAAACUGAGAAAUGUCAUGCCUGCAGAGGGCAACUCCCGGCUUCAGCUGGAAGGUUUCAAUGCACAAAUGCGCCUCACACCACAUUCAUCUGCUUCAGGCAUGGUUUUUGCAUCUGUCAGUGGUUCGCAGGCAUCACAGAGACUCACCAGCGAAGGUGGUGUGCCGGGGGUCCACUUCACUCUGAGUGGGGGUGAUCGCCGCCAACAGUACCGAGCUCAUGGCCAACAUCCUUCCAUGCGAGGAGACCACAGGUAUGCAACAGACCAUCAUCAGAGGGGUAUUGGUCCAGCAGCAGGACAUACAAGACCUUCACACAGAGGUCAGCCAGGUGCACCUUUGGAAAGUGGCUGGCAAAAUGGUAGAGACAGAGCCUCAGUUUCAUCCACUGCAGGUUCUUGGAACCGAAAUCCAAUAAGAAUGCAAAGUAAUUCCUGGAAUGACAGACACAUUUCUCGACAGAAUGAAGAUCCCUGUACCUACAUCACUAUAGUAUGCAGGGUUAUGGUCGACAACCUUGGCAACAGGAGACAGUGCAGACCUUCAUACAAUAGGCACUGUUAACAACCUACCAUCUCCACAAAUACUGAACAGUUACAGCAUCCAUCAUCAAGCAUCAACUCUUACAGAAUAACUUAUAUUGUUGUCAAUUCACUGAUUAACAAUUUUCAGAUGUCAUUUGCUCACUUGAAACUGUAAAUCCCAAACCUUAAUCCUUUAUUCAACAGCUGCUCUAUGAUGAAUGCUGACUGACUCAUGCCAGCAACAGCAUAAGAGCAUAUCUUGGUCCAUGUUUGAAACAGACAAACAUUUCUCUACAAUGCCCAUAUGUACAAGGCAUGCAUGUGUUACUUUAAGUUACAUUUGCAAACCUGAUAGAUGGACAAAGAAAACUCGGUAGUUCUUCCACCCAUAUAUUAUAUAUAUAUAUAUAUAUAUAUAUAUAAAAAUAAAAUAAAAUAAUAAAAAACUCACAAAAUUGA